UGUUUGAGAUGCCAGUCGAGUUUACAAGGAGAGAGAUGUGUCCACACGGAGAGGACACACUUUACUGACACACAGAAACACUUUCACUCUCACUUUGUCAUUUGAAAUCAUCUCAGCGGCUCAAACUGAAAGCCGCCGCGGGGACAGAGGACCAGCAGCCCGGACAGCAGCAGCCAUGGCCCGGCCGAAGAAGAAACCCACCCUGGGCUGUGUAGCAUGAGGCUCUGCGGGGGGAAACGGCUGGAAGACAUCAGCUCAAACUAUACUUUUAAUAAUAAUCAUAAUAAUCAUAAUAACAGAAGGAGAAGAAGACACAGAGGAGGACAGGCUGCCAGAGAGCUACAAGGUGACAUUUAAAGAAGAAGAAGAUGAAGAUGGGAGGAAGAGUGGAGCUGCUGGAGGUCUGCUGCCUGCUGCUGCUGCUGAGCGGACACUCACACUGCAGAGAUUCUCCGCAGACACAACACCUCUCCUCCUAUCAGCUGACCGUCCCUCAACCAAUCGGAGGCCGGCUGAGGCGGGACCUGGACGGACGGCCGCCCAAUCAGGUGUCUUAUGUGAUCAGAGUGGAAGGAAACGACCACGUGGUUCGUCUGCAGAGAAAUGAACUGCUGCUUCCUGCAGACUUCACUGUGUUCUCCUACAGUCAGAAUGGAUCACUCAUCACAUCCAGACCACCUGUACAGGAUCACUGUCACUAUCAGGGCUUCGUUCAGGACAUGGAGGGUUCAUCUGUCGCUAUGAGCAUCUGCAACGGCCUCAGAGGAGUUUUGCAUCUUGCCGACGACAGCUACGGCAUCGAGCCGUUAGACUCCGCCCCUGACCAGCACCUAGUGUACCGCCUGCAGGAUGUGACAUCACAGCCGCGAGGGUGUGGCACGCCGCACGAUAAAGAGCAUCACCACGGAAACAACUCCACGGAGCACGCUCAGUACGAGACGGAGGAAAUCCACCACAGAGGACACAGCAGGAUGAAGCGAGCUAUUCUCCAUCAGACUCACUACGUGGAGCUGCUGCUGGUGGUCGACUACGACAGGUAUAAUUAUAUGAACAAGAACGAGACAGCAGUGAGAGACGAGAUGGUUCAUCUGGCCAACUUUGUAGACAGCAUCUACAUCCAGCUGAACGUGCGGGUGGUCCUGGUCGGUCUGGAGAUCUGGAACCAGCAGAACCUGAUCGUCACCGACGGAGCCGCCGGGGAGGUUCUGAGCCGCUUCACCCAGUGGAGAGAGAAGGAGCUGGUGACACGGCGACGCCACGACUCAGCACAACUCAUCCUGAAGAAGAGUUUCGGGGGAACGGCAGGAAUGGCGUUCGUCUCCACCGUCUGCUCGCGGAGCCACGGGGGCGGGAUCAAUGCGUUCACCAACAACAACAUCCCGUCCUUCGCGUCCAUCGUGGCUCAUGAGCUGGGUCAUAACCUGGGGAUGAACCAUGACGACGGGCGGCCCUGCAGCUGUCUGGAGAACCCCUGCAUCAUGAACUCUGGAGCCACAGGAUCCAGGAACUUCAGCCGCUGUAGUGCUGAUGACUUUGAGAAGAUGAUCCUGCUGACGGGGGGAACGUGUCUCCUGAACGUCCCGCGGCCUGACGAGGCCUACAGCGCCCCCUACUGUGGAAACAGACUGGUGGACAUGGGGGAGGAGUGUGACUGCGGAUCACAGAAGGAGUGUGAGGAGGACCCGUGCUGUGAGUAUCAGACCUGUAAGCUGAAGUCUGGAGCUCAGUGUGCGUACGGAGAAUGCUGCUACAAAUGUCAGUACCUCCCUGGUGGAUCAGUGUGUCGCUCCAGUACAGAUGAGUGUGAUCUCCCUGAGUACUGUAACGGCACGUCGUCUCUCUGUCAGAGCGACGUCUUCGUCCAGAACGGGCAGCCAUGCAGGAAGCAGCAGGCGUACUGUUACAACGGGAAGUGUCAGCACUAUGACGGACAGUGUCAGGCCAUCUUCGGCUCCAAGGCUAAAGCUGCUCCUGAGAUCUGUUUUAAGGAGGUGAACAGUAAAGGAGAUCGCUUCGGCAACUGUGGUUACCAUAACUACGGUUUCAAGAAGUGUGAGAGCAGAAACGCUCAGUGUGGGAAGCUGCAGUGUUCGAACGUCCAGGCGGUGACCGUGUUCGGCAUCGAGCCGUCCAUCAUCAGCACGCCCAUCGCCGGCGCCAAGUGCUACGGCGUCGACUUCAUGCUCGGCUCAGACGUCCCCGACCCCGGCAUGGUCAACGAGGGCAGCAAGUGUGGGGAGGACAAGGUCUGUAUGAACUUUGAGUGUCGCAGCGUCGACGUCCUGAAAUACGACUGUGACCUGGACAAGAAGUGUCACGGACACGGGGUGUGUAACAGUAACAGGAACUGUCACUGUGAGGACGGCUGGGCUCCUCCUUUCUGUGAGGUCAAAGGUUACGGAGGCAGCAUGGACAGUGGACCCACCUGGAACGAUAAGGACACGUCCCUCAGAGACGGCCUGCUCGUCUUCUUCUUCUUCGUCCUUCCUCUUCUUGCUCUCGGUGCGUUUGUUUUCCUCCGUAGGAACGAACUGCUGAGACGCCUCGGACUGAACCGCAGGAAGAGAUCACAGGGCUACCAGGCUGACAGCGCAGCUGCAGCCAAUCCCAGCAGAGCUCCGCCCCCCAGAGCACAGCCGCCAUCGACCCGCGGGAACGCCAACAACAUCGUCCGAGACGGGCACCACGCUCAGCUACUGCCACCGCAGGAGGUGGUGGAGACCAACAGGACAGCUCCCUCCUACGCUGCCAGGCCUCCUCCUCCUCCGCUAAAACCGAAACCUUCUGCUGCAUCUCAGCCUCUGGUGCCUCAAAGACCCGCCCCCGCUCCGCCUGUUUAACCAAUCAGGGGGCCCCACCCAGCACACCUGGACGACUCCCCGCCCUCCCCUCCCCUGUCCUCUUCAACCUCGGUCCCCACCGCUCUAAACAGUCAGGACAGGAUUCUGGAGCAGGACGGCUCCGAUAGCCGAUCCUGUAUUAGGAACGGAACCCAGUCAGCCUGGACUGGACCACAACAAACAGGAACUGAAGCAGCUACUGGUUUUCUUUUCUUUAUAUUUUUAAAGUUCAGUCUGGAGACAAAACUCUAUCAGGUGACACGUCAGCCAUGUCUUCAGGGGCCGCAUCCUUCCACGAAGAUCGCCUGAUGACAUCACCAGCUACUCGGGCCCCACCCCGCCCCCACCUCCUGUCACCUAGCAACAGGUUAAUAAUCUUGGGAUAGUCUGACCGCUGUGUCUGGACGACCCGGCCCCCCGUCACCAAACCAGCCAAUCAUAUUCCACAUCCUGUUACAUGUUACACCUACAAGCCAAAUACUCCAAACCAACACUUAGUAUUCCUGCUGCUCAUAAUUUCAUUUAUUUAUCUAAAUGUUGUUGUGUAGCUUACAAAUCACUAACAUGGGUCAUGGUUACACACUCACAGCUAAUGCUAAUUAGCUGUGAGUGUUUCUCAACUGUCAUAAGCUAAUGCUAGUUAGCCUUGGAGAGAAGUUACUGCUGAGUCACACCAAUCAUUUAAUCAUUUUCAUAAUUUAUAGCGCACUAGUUUUUGGGAGCUAACAAGCUAACAAGCAGACUUACACAGUUAAGAGCUACUUAGCUACAGUUUCCCCUAAAAGUGAAACCACUGCUAGCAUUAAACAGUAUUUACUGUAUAUUUAACUAGCAGGGUUGCUACCUGUUGUGUAGCAGCUAAGCUAAGUCAGCUUAAGUUAACAAACUAAUGCCUGUCGGCCUUAUUCCCAGUUAAACAGCUAUCAGUGCUGAGUCACUGCCCAUUAAAUCAUUUCAUCACUUGUAUUCUGGCUAGCUUGCUAACUUUUGCUUGCUAACAAUGCUAGCAUGCUUACACGGUUCUUAAAUUUCAUGCUACAUGCUUGCACUAUAAAUAUCCUCUAUAUAUCACUGUUAGCAUGACUGUUUUGGCUAUUAGCUCACAAAAACUGCAUUAUUUUUUGUAGGUUAACUGUUAUUGGAUCGUGCAGCUUUUUUAGCACGUUACCAUCUAAUGAACAUAAAAUCCGUAUAUGCUAUAUUUACGGUCUUCCAUUUCAUGGUCUGUUACAUUUGAGUGUGAAAGUAUAACCACUAUAAAAACUGAAUAAUGUAACAAAAAACACCUUAACAGUAAGGUUCAGGGUCCGUGUAUCUUUUGGAAGAGGAUAAACUUUUUUUACGGUCCGAUUUACCAACCAUUAUCGCUUUUAUUUUGUAAAUGACAACUUCCGGUUGCAGAAUAUGAAAUAAGGGACGUUUUUUUUCUAUUUAAAUUUAAAGUUAUUAUAACUAUAAAAUGAAAAUCAAAUACAUCUUUAUCUAUCCGUCUAUCCCUUUCUGACCCGGAUGAAGUAAAAAGCCUUGUAUUUUUAAUUAAGUGUUUGUAUUUUUAAUCGAAAAUCAAAUAACCACUCGUAUUUAGUUUUUGAAAAUGAUCCUUUUGUGAACUGCAAUUUCUAUGACCAAAAGAUACACGGACCGUUCAGCUAAGUUACAUGCACAGAGACAUGUUUCUCUCUGAUUGGCUGGUUUGAAGACGCAGAGGUCACUGGAGGCGGAGGUCACUGGAGGCGGAGGUCACUGGAGGCGGAGCUCGCUCUCUGACCGUCUGUCUUUCUGUUUCUGUCUCUGAAUCAAAGCACUGGUGCCGUCUUAUUGCACUUCCCCUCUGCUCUGCACUGUCAUAGGAAUGUAACGCACCCGUCCUGCUGCUGGGUCUCCCUCUCUCUCUUUCUUUCUCUCUCUCUCUCUCUCUCUCUCUCUCUCUCUCUCUCUCUCUCUAUUAGGAAUUGUAAAAUCACAGUAUGCAACGCGGCGUGAGUGCAGCGCUCCUCUGGAUCUGAUCUGUGUGGUACCUUGAUGUUUGUGACUCUCUGCAGGGAAUUUACGCUCACCUUGUUUAGUUUUAUCUCCAAGCAAACCUCCCCUGAAGCACGUCGACACCAUUCAGUCUGAUAUCUGUGAUGUUCAGAGUAUCCUGCGGGAAACUAAAUGUUCCGACAUCCUGAUAAUUCCAACAGCUCCAAUAGUGGACGUAGUCACAGUAACGUCACCAGUCAGCUGUCUUAAAGCAUCAGGACUGACAUUCUGGCCAGUAGGUAGCUUGGUUAGGGAGAUGUAACCUCCUGGAAGAGCACCAGGCUGAUGCAGAUUUGAUGUACUGAUUAAACAGUGGAAUUCCAGUUUCCAGGUGAAUCACAUGAUUCUGUUGGGUCCAGAAACACAUAUGCGUGGCAUGGCGGCAAAAUAUGGCGUUUUGGCAUAAAACACGAUACUGUAUAACUUGACCAUAAAUUGUCCAAUCUGCCUCAAACUUGUCAUGCAUGAUGAUGGGCCAUCACUGAACAGUUCUACAUAACAAUAUUUCAUAAAGUCGCAGCCCUUUUUCAUUAGCCGCAGCCUCUUUUCCCAAAUAAUGAACCGUUUGUCGUAGAGACACAUGAGGUGUCAGUGUACUCCGCAGAGAGUCCUUGGUUACCUCGGCCCUUCAACGAUCGCUGAUCUGGCCUGGCCGGCUCCCCCGACGGCUCCACUCUGCUCGGGCCUGUUCAUCGCUGCACGCAGCUUUAAUUAUUCAGUUUGGGAUUUUAAAAACAAUUAUCAGAAUUUUGGCCAAAUAAACGUUUGCACUGUUUUGUUGUCUGGCGACUAAAAUAAGAGCUUUAUUUUGAAUUGAUGCCUUUAUUUACCUCAGGCAGGAGACAGCAUACUCUAAUCUGUUGAAUCCUCUGAACCUCACAGAUGACAGAUAAUUAACCGUGCUGAAGUGUGUGAAGGUGGAAACUCUCAGCUCAUCACUGGAACAGCUGCUUUAAAGUCCUGACAGACUUCCUGUCCACGGUGUCACCUGAAUGUGACGCUCAGCCCGCAGAAGGAACAUUUAAACACAUUGACCCUGACCCUGGUGCUCUGUGUGAGGACAACAACAUGUUUUAUCUGCUUUACUGUAUUUUAAUUUGCUGUCUUUGAGUGUUUUUGCACAGAGAUCACACUGAAGGUUAGAACAAGUCACUCAUAGGGCUAAUCAUGUGCCAUCUGACCGCUUUCAUGCCAAAAAAACGAAAAGGAAUCAGAGUUUUAGUGUGUGAGGAAAGAGAACAAACUGUUCACCCUGAAGUUAUUCUGAGACUGAGAGCAGCUGACAGCAGCAUCAGAUUACUGGAAGAGUUUCUGCUGCUGCUGAACGCUCACUUUACAUCCAAUGUAGGUUUACUGUUAAUCUUCAAAUGUUCAUGUUCAGACUCAAACCAACAGACACACACACAUCCACAGACAGACAAACAGACACACACACACACACACACACCACAACCGAAGCACCACUUCCUCCUCGUUAACAUUCAUAACCUUUAAAAUAGAGGAUUAUGAACGAAGGGAUUUUUCUCUUGAAAUGUUUUUCCUCAUUUUACACAAAUCCUGAACUUGAUUAUUGAUAAAAGUAAUUUCAAACGUGCAACAUUGUUUAUAACUGUUACGGAUCAAUGUUUUUUUUCUCAUACUAAAUAUCAUCAUAAUAAUGGGUUUGAGUCUGAACAUGAGAUGUGUGAAAUAAAUGUCUUUUAGGUCAAAGACAGUAUUUUGGGUGUGGGAUAUUUACUGUCCUGAGUUCAGUCUUUCAGGCCUGUAGUUUCACACUCACACUGAAGCUGUCUGUUACUGAACUCAGUCUACAGCAGCUGGAGGUGUGACGGUGUGGACUUACUUCUGUGUCUUUACUAAACAAACAGAAACAGGUUUGAGAGUAAAAACCCUGCAAUUUAAAGACAAUGCUCCAAUAUUUACAUAGCUAAACACAAACAAACCUUUGAAUUUCUAAAUAAACAUUUUUGAUUCACAAAGAACUUUUUUGGAUUUGAGAUUCACAAACAAAACUUUGAACUUUGGAUUUACAAAGAUUUUUCAAAGAAAAAUUAGGUUUCGCAUUGCAAUACAUUUUUAAUCACAAAAGUUUUGUUUACUGUUAAAACUUUUGGAUCCAAAAGAACACAAAGAAAUGGUUUAUUAUACAAACAUAACUUUGAAUCAAUUUUUUUAUUGUAGUGAGAAAGGUUUUCUUAGACCUGUUCUGUUUGAUAACAAUAAGUUCACAUGUAACCCUUCAGGGCUGCAGCCUGGGAGGCAGAACUCAGGGCAGCCGUUGUUAUUGCUGAUAAACCUGUGUGUGUGUGUCUGUGAGCUGCAGGUGAAGGUUUGAUUGGUCGGCCGGUGUCACCUGACCAUCUUGCAAACACACAAAUAAUAAUAAUAAUAUAACCACCGUUUUCUAUUAUAAUAAAUGAUUUUAUAUAGGAUUUGUUGUUUUUUUGCAAUGUAAACACGUUAUCUGUGGUAAUCAUGUUUGUUUCUGUGGAAACCUCGGAUUGAUUUUCUUUUUGGACAUUUUGUCUCCGUUUGAGGUUUCCAUCGUGUUGGACAGUUUCAGGUUACUAUAGCAACGGCCAUGGAGCAGGAGCACACCUGUAAAAGCUGUAAAAGCUGCUGCACAUCAGGCACCACGACGUCCUGCAGCCUCACGGGGUUAUUUAAUAAACUUCAUUACAACAGUU